AUGAACACGAAGGACGGGAGAAUGACCGAAGGAGGUCUCAACGUCACGCUUACCAUACGCCUGCUCAUGCACGGCAAGGAGGUCGGAAGUAUUAUCGGAAAGAAAGGUGAGACAGUUAAGAAGAUGAGAGAGGAGAGUGGUGCUCGAAUCAAUAUUUCAGAAGGCUCCUGUCCAGAGAGAAUUGUGACAAUAACAGGCCCAACAGAUGCAAUUUUCAAAGCUUUUUCUAUGAUUGCACUAAAAUUUGAAGAGGACAUAAACGCCUCGAUGACAAACAGCACAGUGACAAGCAAACCGCCUGUGACGCUGCGACUCGUCGUCCCAGCAAGUCAGUGUGGAUCCCUUAUAGGAAAAGGAGGUUCCAAAAUCAAAGAAAUCAGGGAGUCCACAGGAGCCCAGGUGCAGGUAGCAGGGGACAUGUUGCCCAACUCCACAGAGCGUGCAGUGACCAUAUCAGGCACUCCUGACGCCAUCAUCCAGUGCGUGAAACAGAUCUGUGUGGUUAUGCUGGAGUCCCCACCCAAAGGUGCCACCAUCCCCUACCGUCCCAAACCUGCCUCUGCACCUAUCAUUUUUGCAGGUGGCCAGGUAAGAGCAGACACCAUUUUGACUCAAGCUGGAAACCACACCGUCUUGGCCCAGCCUCAGCCAGCACCUGCAUUCACGAUUCCGGGGCAGUAUGCCAUCCCUCAUCCAGACGUGAGUCCAGCACAUUUGACCAAGCUUCACCAGUUGGCUAUGCAGCAUCCCCCCUUUACUCCCCUUGGGCAGACCACCCCUGGUUUCCCUGGACUGGAUGCCACUACUCCAACCAGUUCCCAUGAACUUACUAUUCCCAACGAUUUAAUAGGCUGCAUUAUUGGCAGACAAGGCAGUAAGAUAAAUGAAAUCAGGCAGAUGUCAGGAGCGCAGAUCAAGAUUGCUAAUGCCACAGAAGGCUCUGCAGAACGACAAGUUACAAUCACAGGAUCCCCUGCAAACAUCAGCUUAGCACAGUACCUCAUUAACGCAAGCUUAGAGAUGGCUAAAGUCAGCACCCAGACCGCUUCCGUCACGACCCCUGUUGACCUCAACAUGAACCUCUCUCAGUCUGCCACCCCUACCUCCACCCCCACCUCCAUGGCCGUGCUGGCGGCCGCCUCCGCCGUUACCGUCAGUACCCCCCCUCCCCUACCAACUCUGCCAACCACCCACUAUGCCGUUCCUGUCUCCAGUCUGCUUGGCAUGAAAACUGUCCCACUCCUGGCACUAAAUGCCGCGGCUGCCGCGGGGGCCCCGGGGAGUUUGUCCGCUUACACUGCCAAAAUUCCUUCGACGAGUGGGGUUAAGAAAUCUGACCGCCAGAAGUUUGCUCCAUAUUGA